AGAACGCGUUUCUGCGUUAUAAAACAGCGUAACCGAGUGCAACAAAAUGAUGUUUAUAAAAGGGGAACCUAAAGCGCGGAGCCAGUCAGACGCAUGCGCAAAGAAAGCGAAGAUUAAAAGCAAAAAUUAAAAUUGUAUGAAUAAUAGGGGCGAUUUCCAAGACAGGGAUUAGACUAGUCCUAGACAAAAAUAAAUGUAAGAGCUGUCCAAACUGAAAACUACUUGCACUGACAUAUCCUAAAUACAUCAGUGUCCCUUUUUUUUUUGCCUCAAAAUGCACAUUUUAGUAAGGCAUGUUUGUAAAAAAAACUAGUUAUAUUUCCUAAUUAAAAGAUCUAGUCAUGUUUUAAAAUAAUCCCUGUCCGGGAAACCACCCCAUAUUGUAUGAUCAGUCCCUGAAAUGCAAGGUACUAAUUUGAAAUGUUGAAAGUUAUUAGAUUUAACCAAUUGAAAAUAACAUCAUGAGAAAACAAUUUUUCCUUUAUGCCAGUAAAAUUAUAAUAAAUUAUAGUCCUUUACAUAUUAAAAUAUAUUAUGAAAGUUUGUUAAAGAAAUACAUAAAUUGAUAACGCAAAAAAGAAGACUGUCAUUAAAUAAUAAACAACUUAGGUUGACCCUUUUCAUACGGAUAUUUUUAAAAAGAGAAAGUAUAUAUUUUUUCGUUUCUUCCUUAAAUAACUAAAUUAAAAUACUUAAAAACAGUUUUGUUUAUAUUUUAUUGAUAAUAAAGGUCACACCGUGGCGUGAAGCGUUUAACAGUUUGGUUAAUUAUAAUAGGAGUGACGUCACGACUCCCCCGGCAUUCACACGCGCAAGUUGUAGCCUACACGAGCGCGAUUGUGCGGAGCUCCAGGUGAGACGAACUUCUGAUGGAAGAGAUUUUGAGUAGUUUAGUUACCUAAGUAAUGGUCAUGAAUUAUACACAAAGUCUGGAAGAUCAUUAACUAGCGGACUAGCGGUUCAUGGACUCACCAUCUAAUGCUGGAAACAAUGAAAAAGAGAAAUAAAGAGUUUGAGGCAAUAGUGCGGAUGGAUGGAUGUGUGCCCUUCUCAAAUCAGGUGGCCGGACAUAAAUGCGGAAUCAAUAACACUGGUCAGUGUGGACACAUCUCAACUGCUUAUAUUCAUCGUGAGAUCAUAUUUCUGCUCAUUUUCUUAUCGGAGAGCAACAAACCUGUAUAGAAAAUGCGACAUUUCAAACAUACAGAUAGUUGUCAUAAGUUUGAAACUGAACUUUGAACCUUCAUGAAAUAAAUGCAUUGAGUUUAUUCUAAAACCAAAAGGUUAAACGAAACAACGUGAGUUUAGUCUUUCUUUGAUCAUUUUGUGUAAAACUGAGGAAAUACUGGGUUUAACAUAGGGGUCGGUUACAUUAGUUAAUAUGUAUAGAAAGUCUUCAAAUGAUUCCUGCUGGAAUUUACAUCUAAAUUUGGAAUCAAUCCUAAAGGAUAACACAGGGAUAAAAGGAGAUUGGGUUGGAUAAACAAAAAUUCCUGUAGGAAUUUUAUUCUUAUUUGAUCCUAUAAGUCAUAUAAAAUCUUAUGCUAUUGGCCAGUGAAAGAUCUCAUUGUGAGUUGGAGAUUUAAAAUCCUAAAAGAUUUGUUUAAAAUAUCCUAAAGUUGCAAUUUAUGCUUGGAUAGUCGCAGUGGAAUCUAUCCUCUUAGUAUUCUGAAGGAAUAUGAGAAAAUUCCCAUAAGGAUGGGCUAUUUAAGCACUGAGGUCUAGAUAUAAUUAUGACUAACUAACUAAAAUUCUAAUUAAAUUAUGAGAAAUUCCACAUUCAUUAAGGAUGAUUUACAUUCAUUUAGAGGGAUUUUGCACUGGAUGUUGUGGGAUAUUCCCAUAGUGAUGUAGAUGAGAAGAAAUAAUUACGCCUGCAGUCAGAUGAUGACAUCAGUUCCUCUGCUACUCUGCUAUAGUAACUCAGAUGUGUGAUUCUGGUUGAGGAUUACCUGAUGAAUUAGGCACUGUAAACUGUUAUCUGAUGGACUGUGCGGACUGCCUGCCAGAUUGUGUUCUGCAGCAUCCUGAUGGCACAAUACUCAAACAGCUACAACCUCCUCCGAGAGGCCCACGAGAGAUGCUCUUUUACAAACAGGUUUAUGCUAAAGACUGCACGGAUGUAAAGCUACUGGAUCUGCAGCAACAUCUUCCCAAGUUCUAUGGCACAUGGGCACCACAGGAGUCCCCAAACGAGGUCUAUCUAAAGCUGGAGGAUGUGACACAGGGGUUUUUACGGCCCUGCAUCAUGGAUGUGAAGAUCGGGAGGAGAAGUUACGAUCCGUUUGCAUCACAAGAGAAACGUGAAGAGCAGAUCAGGAAGUAUCCUCUGAUGGAGGAGAUCGGCUUUCUGUUACUGGGAAUGAGGGUGUACCAGAUGGACUCAGAGAGCUACAUUACCCAUGAUCAGUUCUAUGGACGCAGUCUUGAGAAGGACACAGUUAAAAACGGGUUGUCUAGAUUCUUCUAUAAUGGUAAAGACAUAAGGAGAGAUGCAAUUUCCCUGAUCAUCUCUAAAAUCCAAAGCAUCCUCCGCUGGUUUGAGAACCAGACUCAGAUGCAUUUCUAUGCCAGUUCUCUGCUGCUGGUAUAUGAAGGUUUUCCCCACGGAGUCAAUGGAACGAAACACAGGAGAAUUGAGCUUUUGCAGGGGUCAGAGUGCAACCAUACCAGUUUAACCCAAUCAGGACGUCCAUGCAGUCAACCAUACGACACUGAUCAUCUUCAUGGCAUCCAGAGUGAGAGGAACAUCAAUGGAACUUGUGGAGAAAGUGAGGACAUUGGUAUGGAGCAUCAGAAACCGGAAAAAAGAGUGGAGGUGAAGAUGAUCGAUUUCGCCCAUGUGUUUAUUAGUGACAGUCCAGAUGAGAGCUACAUGUACGGACUGAGGAACCUUCUCUCAAACUUAGAGGAAAUAUUAAAGGACUAACAUGUCCUAAUUCAUCUUAAUUCGUAGGAUCACAUUUGUACGUUUUGUUCGAUUUGGUUUCAUCCCUGUGACGUGGGAUUACAGGCAGGGUUAGCGGUGGGGUUUCAUUAUUGUUUUUUCUUUAAUAAUCGUACAUUUUUGCACGAUUCACACUGCCAUCUCGGUAAAUACGAAUUCCUGUGAGAUCAAGCGGGAUGGUAAGGAUCACUAUAAAUUAUCUUUGCUUGAAAAACUUUAUUAGAAUUCUUAAAAACUUUUUAAAAAAUACAUAAAUACAGCAAUUAAAGGGUAAACUAUUGCUUUAAAUCAGGUUAUUAGCAAAUUGAGAACACUUACUGACCUAUCCAAAAGAAAUACCAAUGAAAGCACUGUGUCUUUAUGCAAAAAAGCUAAUAGAAAUUUCAACCUAAAUUUUACUUAGAUUUUAACAUUAAUGCUAACCUUUUCUCACUGCCAAAAAUAUCCACUAUAAGCCGAAGCAAAGCCACUAAGCAAAAAUGUCAGGUUGGACCAUAAAAACUAUACAGUAAAAAUCACAGUAAAAUGUGAGGAAUGAAUUUUCAUUUUUAUUAACUCAUUUCCCACCAGCCUUUUUUUUUUAUUUGCCUGCCAGCAUUUUUAUUUUGUGAUUUUCACAAAAGGUUCACAAAAUGCCUUCCAGGAAAUUUUUUUUUCUAUAAAUAUAUAAACAUACAAAUAUAUCAAAUGAAAGAACAGACUGCUUUCAAAAUAAACAAACAAACAAAACGGGAAAAAACAUUUUAUUCUAUCUUUUUUUUCUUUAUAUAAAUAUGGUUAGGUUUCUUUAAAAAUACCAAAUUUUUGAGCAAAAAGCGGAAAUAAUUGCUUUUUUGUAAAGGAAUUUUGUUAGGGAUCAGAUUCAGAACGAUGAUCAAAACAUACACAGAGUUUAAAAUGUUGUAAAAUUAUUUUUUGCUUCAGUUUUUUUUAUAAAUUGGGUAAGAGUGACAUCUAGUGGACAGAAUUACAGAUUACAGUAAAAACUUACCAGGAAAGCGUCAUUGGCAGGGAAAUAUUUCUCUUAAUUGACGAGAUAACUCAAGGAAAAGAGUUAAAAGUAUCCUAGUAAAUAUUUUACAUUUACAUUUUUAAUAAAGUUAGCAUAAUGCUAUUACUAAAUACUGUGGUUCAUGUAAAGCACAUAAAGAUUUGUUAACUGUAUUUUCAUAUAUCAAAUGUUGCACUAAAUAAAGCAGAUAAAGCAGUUUACUAAACCACAUGCAGACUGAUGCAUCAUGUUGACACCAGAUGUGUAAAAUAUCUAGAUUUCUUGUUGCUUUUUUAAGUACACCUGAAGAUCCCAUUGAAAUGUUUUUCACUGUAUUUCUCUUAAAUGUACCAAAUAUAUAAAAUAUUUACAUCUAUUGCAAUAAAAUGCUGCUACAGCUUUAACUGAUCUUAGCACAAAUUACCAGCAGAAAACUCAAUUGUUCAUGUAUGCUGGUGCCAUGCACAGCUUUUAAAAAUAGGACAAGCACUUUUUUUAUAGAUAAAAUCUCCAAUAUUUUGUCCGUAAUGGAUUUGAGUGUCCGGCCAGCUGCGGAUAAAUUUAGUUUGGUGGAAAGCAUCACAUUUACACAUUUCAAUAUUCUAGCUGGACCAUGGGUCUGUCUAAUGCAUUUUAUGGCUGCUGUGGGUUUUCGGUUCAGAGAAAAUUAUGUUAUUUUCCAUAAAGCGCCUCUCUGCAGCCAGACCACCCCCAACCACCUUUAAUCCGUAAUAUAUGGAUUAAAUCCAUGGAAUAAUCUAUCAUAUGAAAUACUGAAAGUUUAUCUAAGAACCCAGCGAGCAAUAGCCGUCAUUCACCAUCUAGGUGAACUAUAGCAGGAUAUAGUGCAGCUAUAAGUAACCCACUUUUACAAAAAAAAAAAACCUUAAAUUUGGUUAUGUGUCAUUUUAGCCAAAAUUUGUGAUAUUUAUGAUAUCUGAUCAUUUAAGCAAAGUCAACGGUGAUUACAAAGUGUUUGGUUUAAUUUAUUUUUGGGCUCAAUGUUAGGGUAAGGGUUUGCCAAUAACUUGCGGUAGAUUUAAAUUUAUGUUUACUGGCAACCAGUGUUUGUUUAAAAUUAAAUGAAAAUUAAACAUUAACAAGUCAUUAUCUUUACAGAAUAAAUCUAAAAUAACA